AUGCGACCAGCUGAAAAGCCCGCGGCUCGAAGCCUGCAUGGAUGUUGGACGUGUCGCGUCCGCCGCAAGAAGUGCGAUGAGUGCAGACCCGUUUGCACGUCGUGCGCGUCGCUGGAGCUGGAGUGCCACGGCUACGGCGCCAGGCCCGCCUGGAUGGAUAAUGGCGCUCUACAAAAGGAGCAGGCGCUGCGCCUCAAGCAAAUUGUUGGCCAGACAAAGUCGAAGAAGAGCCGGCAGCGCGCCCAGGCUGCCUUCAUCGCCCAGCCGAGCCACGACGUGCGUAGCGCCACACAGGCAGACGCUGCAGCCAAGAUGAUGGGCCUGCUCGACGGCAGAGCGAUGCCACCAACAAAGCCACACUUUCAACAGAUGCAGACACAUCGCCCCGGAAUGACAGCCAUUGUUGACUCGGCCGGCUGGAUCACGGCGCCGCCCAGCGACGUGACAACCGAGUCGCCGUCGCCCUUUUUCAGCGGCAGCAACGAAUACUCGCCCAACUCGACAGGCCUCCACCGCAGCGCAGACACGCGACCCGGCAACAUAUCGCCAGCGUUGUUCGCGGAUGCUUCGAUUCCCGAAACCUCGAAUCUGGUUGCAUUCGUGGACGGAGAUGUAUGCUGGGGGGACAUCUUGGCUGACUUUGACAACUUUCACGAGACAAUCUUCCAAGAUCGAUACGCUCCGGCCGAGCCUACUGUGUCCGGCAAUAUCAUGGAGCUGCAACAGACAGCGCCGCAGCGUGAUCGACCAUUGACGCCGAGUACUUCUGCGCCUGCCGCCACAACGGUGUCCAGCUGGCCGCACCCCGCCAAGGAGGAGGCCGCAGAGGAAGAAGCCGAGGACGUCAUAUUCAUGCACUUUCUAGACCAGGUGUUCUACCUGCAGUAUCCGUACUACCAAUCGCGUGACGGCCGCGAACGGGGCUGGCUGUUUUCAAUCCUGAGGCGCGUCAAGCCUGCCUACUACGCCACGCUGGCGCAGAGCGAGCGGCAUUUCCUGGCGACGGUGCCGCACAACAAGGGCAUUGCCAACAGCCUGGCGCAACGCCGCACGGGGACGACGUACUACGACCUGGCCAUCCACGGCAUGCGGUGUAUCAUGGCAGGCGUCAAUAGCCGUACAAGCCUCGUGCAGAGCGUGGAAGCGCUCACUUCGCUCUUGCAAUUGCUGUUUUUAGAGGGCUUCACCGGUGGGACAGAAAACUGGAAAGAGUUGCUGCGAGCCGCCGCGAAAUUGUUGCCUACAUUGGUCAGCGCCCGACGCGUCCCGUCAACUCUCGAGCUGGGUGAUCGCGGCUGCGGCGUCGAUCGCUAUCGUCACUCGGGCCUAUCCCCGGACCUCGGCCGAUCCUGCUGCGUGAUGCUCGGCUCCUUCAUCUCGUUUGACAUCAUCGCCGCCGCCUCGACACGCGGCGAGAGCUUCCUGGACGUGGACCACCUCAAGGAGCUGGAGAACCUAGGCACACCCGUGCAGAGCAUGAUGGGGUGCCGCAGCACGGUCAUGGCGCUGAUCUGCGAAGUCACGACACUCGAUCGCUGGAAGAAGACGGCGCAGGCCGCCCACAAGCUGUCCAUUGUCGACCUCGUCAAGCGCGGGGCCAGGAUCGAAGAGCGACUCUGGCAGGAGGUAUGGAGCAACAGCCCGAGAAACUCUUCUCAGUCGUCGCCCGGAUCGACACCGCCAUGGGAGCCGUCGGCGCCGCCGACGCACCCGGGUAUCAACAAGGUGUAUGCACUGGCGGGCAUAAUAUAUUUACACGUCGUCAUGUCGGGCGCGCACCCGUACUUGCAGGAGAUUAGGCAGGCUGUGGAGGCUGUUCUGGAGGCGCUCAAGGACCUGCGGGGCUCGGAGCUGCUGCAGAGCCUUCCGUGGCCGCUGUGUGUGGCGGGGUGUCUGGCGACGGAGGAUCAGUACGGCGCUUUCAGACAGCUGCUGUCUGCUACGGAGGCGUGGGAGGCAACAGGCGGAACAUGCUCCGCGGCCUACAGAAUAGUCAAGGACUGCUGGGAAAGGAGGAAAGGCUCCGAUGAGGACUCUGAUUGGGCAUCCAUCAUGCAUCGGGAUGGGCGCCAUGUUCUACUCCGAUGA